CUUAAGAGCAUUGUUUUCCCCCAAACGUACCUUACACAUGUUUAUUUUCUUAAAUGUUCAGCUAAAUACCAGAUCUUCUCCGUCGUGCAUUGUCGCUGAUGACAGUGUUUUCUUGACUACUCUCAUUGCUUCUCUUUCUAAAACAUCACAUGUUAUCUCAAUCUUUCCUGGGCUCCAAGAUAAGGGUGCCUGUUACAUUCAAGCUAUAUCCGAUGCCAAUGGUUUCUCGAUGGAUCGGAUAAAGGUGAUCGGCAAAAGGACCUCAUCUUUGAUCUCAGAUGACCUUACACCGAGAAAGGUUGAUCUUUUUGUGGGGGAACCUUUCUUUUAUGGGAACGAAGGGAUGCUUCCGUGGCAGAACCUGCGGUUUUGGAAGGAAAGAACCCUCCUCGAUUCAAUCCUAGCUGAAGAUGCAUUCAUCAUGCCUCGUAAGGGAAUCCUAAAAGUUUGUGCCAUGUCUCUUCCCGACUUGUGGAGGAGUCGCCGCAGCUUGAAGGAUGUCGAAGGCUUUGAUCAUUCGGCUGUGAAUGAGGCUCUUGGAGCCUGUGGUGACUUACCCACAACGGAGGAAGGUCCUUGCCUGCCUUACUAUUUAUGGCAAUGUGGUGAUAUUAAGGAACUCAGUAAGGUAUAUUCUAUCAUGGAGUUUGAUUUCUCGGUACCAAUUCAUGCCUGUUUUGGGAAAACAGAGAUUGAAUUUUCUACUCCAGGAACAUGCCAUGGCUUUGCUUUUUGGAUUGAUUGGCUGAUCGAUGAAAGAGAUUCCAUUUCUAUAUCAACUGGACCAGUUAAUAGACACUGGAAACAAGGGGUACAGCUUAUCAACAAGCCAGUGGUGGUCAAUAGGGGGAGCCUUUUUCCCAUCAUUCCCGCGAUUGGAGAGGCUCGGCACUUCGACGUUCUCACAUCGUUCGAAAAAGCUCCGACUCCAGAAUCGACUCAAAGCUCUCGCUUAGGUCUUCUUCAAGCCCUGUUCUUCAACUUGGACGACUCUUCUUCCUCAGCUUAA